UUAAAAAAAGACAUUAACACUCUGACAGAAACCCAACUUCAGGGGGUGUGAGACGACGACGCCCAAAAAUCUUGUCGACAAGCACUUGGGAAAGGUUUUAUUCGGGGUAAAUUUUUAUCCAUUGCUGUAGUGAUUAGAGCAGUUACACUGGUUACAUUUACUUUCAGGAGUAACACACACCUCAAAGCAUGUGUACGGGAAAAUGUGCACUGUGCGUUGGGGGAAGUCUGUACCCGUUAGCGCUCAUCUCCAUAAUCUGUAAUAUUAUUCUAUUCUUUCCUGGCUGGGAUGUUAAGUACUCGCAGAAUGGGCAACUUACUAAGGAGGUCAAAUACAUGGGAGGACUGAUUGGAGGGGGGAUAAUGGUGUUGAUUCCAGCAUUUCAUAUUCACCUAACUGGAAAGCAGGGUUGCUGUGGUAAUCGCUGUGGAAUGCUCCUGUCCAUUUUAUUUGCAGCAGUGGGUGUUGCUGGUGCUCUUUAUAGUUUUAUAGUGGCACUGCUGGGCCUUGUCAAUGGGCCGUACUGUAAACAAACGUAUCUUUUUUGGGGAACUCCAUUUAAAGACAGAGAUGACAGCUACCUUGAGCACCGUGACUGGUGGAGAAUAUGCACUGAGCCAGAAAAUGUGGUGGAGUUUAAUGUGGGUCUGUUCUCAACAUUGCUGGCGGCCAGUGGUCUGCAGCUCAUACUCUGCGCUGUACAGAUGAUCAAUGGCCUCUUCGGCUGCCUCUGUGGAACCUGCAAGGAAAAGGGGCCUCUGUAAACCGUCACUACUCCUAGUAUCCAGGAUAUCAUAAUUCUAUCUUCCUGCCUCACUAUCAGCUAACCCGCGCCCUCUUGAAGAAAGAUGAAGUAGUAAAUUAAUAUUGCAAUCAGCCAACUGUUUUCAUGCUCCAAAUCUUUCCACUUUGAACAUUUUGAUCAAAGUUUUUGGUACUGUCAGUACUCACCUAUUGAUGUGUACUGCUGAUGUUUUGGCUUAAUACUGCAGUUUUAAUACCUAUGUAUAGAGGCUCACAGAGUGAAUAAUAUUGUAUAGGAAAAUGGCUUCAAUUAAUGAUAUAAAUGUAGCCACUCUUUUUAUAUUCAUCUCAUUGAGUGUUUUUCUCAAAACACAUUUUUUAUGGUUCAGAAAUUAAGUAAACAUAUACCAAAAACAAAAAAUGUGUGGUUUUUAUGGCAGAUUUUAAUUCACAAUUUGAUUUUCCACUGUUGUGUCAUGUUAAUUCAAAAUAAUAAUAAUAAUAAAAAAGAUAAGUCAAAUAUGCAAACGUAAAAAAUAAAAAUAAUGGUUUUACAAAGUUA